GACUGCUGAUAGUUCACUACGCUAAAUUGGAAAGCAGGCUGGGUCGUUCUGCGAGAUCUACACAAGUCUGGCGCACUUUUACGAAAUUUUUGCGUUGAUUUUGAUGUUACAGUUGCGCCAAACAUCUUCACGGAUCACAGCCCAUUAAUAUCCUCUAACCGUGCCAGGCAAGUGGCUUGAUUCUGGGCUUGUGUGAUUUGACUCCGAGCGUCUGAACCCAAAGUAGGUGGAGGCGGGGAGGCGAUGUAGAUCAAAUCUUAAGUGUAUCGAUUUGCUCUUGUGGGUCUCGGAGGACGCCUAUUCCUCACACCCAGUUUUGAGACUGUGGUUGUAGUCGUGUGUCGCGUAGAUCAAGCUCCUUCCAUUCGAAUCAGUUUGAUUUUGGAGGAUUUGAAAGCUGAUCUUAGAUCGGUUGAAGAGUUCACAAGUAGUGGUAAGUGGGUGCGGUUCGGCGCUGCGAAGUGGGUACUUGUCCUGUGUAAAGGUUCGAUUAGGCGGGGGGGAGGCUGGGCCGAAUCACAACUGAGAUCCAGCUGUCGAUUGCCUCGAUGGAUCUGUUACUGUGAAAUUGCGUUGCAACGAGAAUUGUGAAUCCCAUUCUCAAUGCUGCCAACGUAAUACCUUUCUGUGGCAGCAUCUAUGGUGGUCCAGUGGCCAUAGUCCGAGGUUAUGCGAGAGCUGACUGUCAAGGUGGUGCAGAUCUCUUCGCGUGAGGGGGCUCCCAUGGGAAUUUGCGGUUACAGAGGAUGUGAGAGUACACGUGGUUAUUAAUUGCACGUGGAUAUUAUUGCGACUGAUUUUGUUGCGUCACGUUAUCCCUCUUAGCAAUGCUGAGCGUGCCAAGCUGCCGGAAGUUGUCGUUGGGGAGCAUCAUGGAUCGCGUUCAUUUGACCCUCUUCGUUGUAGCUCUUUCGAUUUUCUUUCGAGCUACUUCCACAGCUGGCCAAAGUGGAGCUCCAAUUGCAGUGCGAAUUGCAUGCGGGUCGGAAACCGAAUCGCACGCUCCGGAAUCCGGUUAUCUAUGGCUAAGAGAUAUGAAUUACACAGGAGGAAGCUCAGGGAAUUUGACUACUGUUAGUCGGAUAGCCUCGCAGCUGGACACCGUUCGCUACUUUGAGCUUUCAGACGGUAAUGAAAAUUGCUACAACGUCUCUGUCCCAAAUGGCCAGUAUCUGAUAAGAUUCUACUUCAGCUACGGUGUGAAGGACAAUUCUGGGCGGGAGCCCGAAUUUGAUGUAUCGCUGGAAGGGACAUUAGUCUACUCGUUAACCCGUGGGUGGAGCACCGCAGUAGACUAUGAGUACGCAGAUUCUACUGUACGUAUUCUUGAUGGAGCGGCAACAAUUUGUUUCCACAGCUCUGGCCAUGGGAAUCCAGUCGUUGCCUCAAUUGAAAUUUUGCAGAUUCAUGAUAGCGCAUACAAUUUGGGUGCUUCAUCUCCAUCCAAUGUGAUCCUGAAGACGGUGAAGCGAGUUUCAGCAGGAGCGGAAAAGUCUGGCUAUGGCGUCAGUUUGCAUGCCGAUCCAUGGAGUGGUGACCGGUAUUGGGCCACUGAUCAAACCCUAUUCACUGCCAGAUCCGAUAUUAGUUUACUAAACACAUCGAACAAUAUUACGAAGUACAGCGAUCCACCUAAUACAUACCCUCAGGCCAUAUACCAGUCAGCGACCACAACAGGGCCUAGCAACAAGCUGUCCUACACUAUCCCCGUUGUACCGAAUCAAAACUAUUCAGUCUGGCUACACUUCGCAGAAAUAGAUCCUAGCAUUACAGGUCCCAACAUGCGAGUGUUCAAUGUGCUUGCAAACGGACAACCUCUGUUUGAAGUUGUAGACAUCGUGAAAAUCGCAGGGGCUCCAUUUACAGCUCUUGUGCUGAACAAGACCGUGUUUGUGGAGAGGAAGAGUUUUGAGCUCACUUUCGAACCCUUAACAGGAGAGAUUGCGGUGAAUGCAUUUGAAGUCUUUCAGCUGAUCACACGAGAGCAGCCUACUGCUACUGAUAACGUAUGGGCACUUCAGAGUAUGAAGCAUAGCUUGAGCCUCCCUGCACGAUUGGGAUGGAAUGGAGAUCCAUGUGUUCCUCAAGUUCACGCGUGGGAUGGCGUAAACUGUGAGUUUGACGGAGCGUUUGGUACCUGGUUCAUCAGUGGCGUGGACCUCAAUGUGCAAGGCUUAGGAGGCCAACUCGGUGACGAUUUACUGGGUUUGCAACGACUUCAAACACUAAACUUUAGCAAAAAUUAUUUGACUGGACCUAUACCUGAAUCACUUGGCAAGAUUUCCUCUCUUACUACGUUGGAUCUUUCUUACAACCAACUGAAUGGAUCCAUACCUCCAAGUCUUGCGCAACUUUCUAAACUUCAAGAAUUGUUGUUGAACGACAAUCAGCUGAGUGGAGAGGUACCGCCAGCCUUGGGGGCUUUACCUAUUCGUGGUGCUACGUUGAACCUUACAAAUAACGACGGUCUUUGCGGAGUGGGUCUCCAGUCUUGCGAAAGUGUGAACGGCUCGAGGUGGACGACAUUCUUCUUGCUCGUACUGGGGUUUUUGAUACUUGUCCUGGGUGGCUAUCUGUGCUAUAAAAGGCGGAUGAACAUGCUGCGGGGAGCUCAACGAUUACCUCGAGAUGCCCCGUAUGCGAAAGCAAGGACGACAUUUGUGAGAGACGUGCAAAUGGCGAGGAGCGUGCUAGCCAACCAUUUCAGCAGGCCUGCUCCUUCGUGUACAGAGACAGCUCCGUUAAAUCCACAUUGACUCUCAGAAGUUGACUGAGUCCCUUGCCAAGCGCUUCAAUGGCAAGCAUUCAAAAGCAGUCACGUCGUUUUUUCUCUACUUCCUUUUUCUUUGGAGAGGAUGCAACGUCACUGUCGUUCGGCCUUCGAAUGGGGACUCCGUCAACGCACAAUUUAAAAUUGCAGUCAUAAGGUUUAGGCAGGAUAUUCAUUGGCAGGACGAGGUUUUUAGAGAGACGGCACUCCGACAUUGUAUGUUCUCUGUGGGUGGCUGUGACCAGCCCUACAACGAAGUGGUGGAUUGAGAGUGUUGCCAUGCAUGAACGGCAAACAUUAGGGAUGUAGGGUUUUAUAAUUUUUAAGAGGACGCUGCGAUAUGGUGGGUUCGGAGACGCAGAUCUGUAGGCAACACCAAGUGGGUUUUAACAUGGUCUGCCGUAGUAGCACCAGAAUGAAAUGGAUAAAUGGUGCACAUUCAGUCUAACUAACUGGGUUGCAUGUUGAAUGGAAAAAAGCAUAUUUGCUCUACAAAUAUGUUUCCUGUGGGUCCUGAGUUCCUUCGGUCUCCACCACAAACA